UAACGCGCAAUCAAAUCAUUGUCAAAUCAUUGAGUUCUUGGGGUUUUAAAUAGUAGGGAUCGAGGAAGAAAUUCUCAAACUAAUAUGUCCCCAGCUUUAUUACAAUAUUGUUGUAUGCUCUGAUGCUGCUGGAACACAUUUGUGGAGAGAUUUUUGGAGACUUUUGCACAAAUUUCGUUCUUGGCCAUUUUUACUGAGGCACAAAAGGACGUUGUGGAGUCCCACAGGUAUUCUCCAGGGAGCCUUUCUUCAUCUCAGCAGUCAUGUCUGACAAACCCAGAGUGUACCAGGGCGUCCGAGUGAAGACCACAGUCAAAGAGCUGCUGCAGAGACACAGAGCCCGCGAGGCAAACAGCAAAGAACAGAAGACGAUUCCCCAGAGCUGCCUGGAGUUUCAGGAUCAUUGUGCCUCCACUUUGCCAGGUCACUGCGUGGACGCGCCUGCCAUCCUGCCCACGCAGGACGGGAGCGCGUGCGGUGCGCCACAGUUGCAGCUGCGCACCGCCUCGUUCCCUGUGCCGGACGGCUCGUGCAGCAUCCAGAUGCAGGAGAGCGGCGUUAGUGACAGCCAGCAGCAGUUUGGGGACAUGUUGCCCGGCAACGGAUACUGCGGUAACAACACCUGCGGCAGCCCCUACAGCGCCACCAUGCCGCCGCCGCCGCCGCCGCUGCCUCCCGCAGCUCCGCUGUCGUGGUGCCACGGACUCUCCUCUGACGCGGACUUCUAUGGUCACGGAAUGGCUCCCUGCUCUCCAGACUCGCUGAAGCUCUGCAGCCCCAUGGAGCACAACAGCUACUCCUCGCAGGACUCCUUCUCCUCCUCCUCUUCCUCCUACUAUGACUCGCCCACCAGGAUGGAGUCCAGCUGUGUGGGCGUGGCCUCAGAGCACUUGCACUAUCAGCACUGCACGCUUCAGGACUCUUACUGCCUGCCGCCCUGCUGGCCGGCCCAGCAGGAGAACCUCACCACCCCCGAGUAUGUGCCUUACUACAGCCCCACAGACUAUCUCUACCCCUACGCCGGGGACGACUCCUGUCUCAGGCGGGAUCUGACUCCAGAGAUGUGCUAUAAUGUGUUAUGAUGGCACCACGGCAUUAAUUUUUUCCCCCAUUUUUGAUGUACUGUAAAUAUCACUUCAUCAGGGCGACAAAAUCCAUUUUGCAUUUCAAUAUGUGCUUCCAUUUCAUACUGCUUUGACAAAAAUAAUAAUAAAAACAUUGGAUUUAUUUUCAUAAACAUAACUGUGUGUUGUACCGAAUAAAGAAAGUCACUGAUGCACCCCAUCUUCUCCAAACAUUUUUAA